GAAAAUUAGCCGAACAAGAAAAAUAAUAAAUAAUAAUAAAUUCUAAAAAUGAAGAUCUAAUCUCAACCGGAAUUGUGGGCUCCGACGACCGGGGCGAAAGCGAAGAAAGACAGAUUUCGAGUCAGAGGAGAAGAAAUCCGAGGGGAAACGAUUCGAGAACGAAGCCUCAGCCUCAACUAUUCUCCUAAUCGAUUUUCAACUGAUUUCUGGUUCUGCAACGAUCCCCAAUCGCCUUCCCUCUUUUGACCAAUCUGAAUCUGUUCUCGAAGUUUCACUGAUUAGCUAGCGUGCAGCGCUGAAAUUGAAAUUCGACAUUUCAAUUCAGUACUUCUGCUUGUUCUUUCUUCUGAGCCGGAGGUGGGAUUUGUUCGUUUCUUUCAGAAAUGGUUUCGUUUUCUUAAGAUAGGCCAAAGGGUUUUUGGAAUUUAGGGAAAAAGACGGAUAUGGAGUACAAGAGGCGGCAGCAAGGGGCGACAAGACCUUCGGGUUUUGAAGAAGUAGCUCGGAAUUCUCGGCGUCCUAUGCGUUUUGUUUCUAAUGAAGAUGAUGAUGUUUAUGAUCUUAGUAGCGAUAGUGGCAAUGAUGCUGUAGGUAGUUCGCGGUCAUCAUCUUCGCCACAAUCUCUUGCUGCUAAAGCCAUUAAAGCUUCAUCGGCACAUCGGGAUUCUUCACUCUCAUCUGCUUAUGCUGCGCGUUCUGCUUCCCGCGUCUCGAAACCCACUUAUUCUUCCUCGUCUCCUUCCCCCUCAUCCGUUCAGGAUUCAAAGGCACAUGAAUAUACAUCAAUGAAAAGUUUGAAUGAAUCUAAACAUGGAUUCUGGGGUGCUUUGGCUAGAAAGGCCAAAGCAAUUCUUGAUGAUGAUAAUGUCAUCGAGCAACCUGAAGCACCUGGAAGAAUGAGGGAGCAAGGAUUUGGGACAGGUACAGGUUCAGCUACAAGGGCCAAGUAUUAUAACAGAAGUCAAUCAGAUGAAAGCCAACCAAAAGCAGAAAAUUCUUCUUUCCAGAAAGGAUUGGGCGCUAUAGCGUCUUCCCUUAACUAUAUUGGCAAUGCUUUUGAGGAAAAGCUUACGGCUGUGGAAAACAAAACUGCUGAUAUCAUUCAAGAAACUCGCAAGCAUAUUAAGAAAAAGUCUGGUGGUUCAGUGGCACAAUAUCAGACACCAAAUUCUGGGUCUACCAUGGAUUCUCAGACGCAGCCUCAAACCCAAACCCAAACCCAAACCCAAACUGGCCUUGAACUUCAGCUGAAGGCAUCUCGCGACGUUGCGAUGGCAAUGGCUGCCAAAGCAAAGCUGCUUCUUAGGGAGUUGAAGACUGUCAAAGCAGAUUUUGCUUUUGCAAAGGAACGAUGUGCUCAGCUGGAAGAAGAGAAUAAAAUUCUUCGGGAGAAUCGUGAGAGGGGAAACAAUCUAGAAGAUGAUGAUUUGAUACGACUUCAACUUGAAACACUUCUAGCAGAGAAGGCUCGUUUGGCUCAUGAAAAUUCAGUCUAUGCACGUGAAAAUCGGUUUCUAAGGGAGAUUGUUGAAUACCACCAGCUGACCAUGCAGGAUGUUAUAUACCUGGAUGAGGGCACAGAAGAAGUCACCGAAGUUUACCCCAUUAAGCUUUCUGCAGCAUCCAAUCUCAAUGCUGUUUCUCCGUUACCGCCUCAGCCAUUGUCGUCAUCUUCUAACCGACCCGGGAUAGGACUUGACAUGAGUUCACAGAUAACUCAGAUUGUUCCUACUUGCCCUUUGCCCCCAUCAGAUCUGAGAGGAAUCUCCUAAAGGUUUGCUUGCAUAAUCAAGCUGUUUUACAUUUUUGAGUAUGGUGGCUGCCAUCCAACCCUAUACUCUGAUUCAAAUGAUAAGAUACUUUACCUUGGUAGUUCUUCCUUUUCUACGGCUUGUGCUGUGUAAUGUAACAAUGUCAUCUCAUUGAUUAAUGUGACGCUAUUUUCUUUUAGUGUUUGUUAUGGCUUUGUUAUGCGUUGUAGGACUUUCUAAUCCGUUUUUUAUCCACCAAGUUGUAGAGCAAUGUUAUUAUGUUAUUUUAUUUCUUUUGUCUA